GAAUAUCGUCGUGUGGCGUAUUUUUGCAUACCCACGACGCCGUUGGGAAUCCCACGCAUCCCAUAAUCUCCCCGGAUUCGAUGUUGAACUUCCAGGGAGAUUUAUCCUUCAUCGACAAACUCAAAAGCUUUCUAUUCAAUAUCUGGUACAGAGCGAUAUACUACUGGUACGCCUUACCGAUGGCUGACAGAGUAGCCAGGAAAUAUUUUGGAGAGGACAUGCCUUAUUUGGGAGACAUCGAGAGGAAUAUCAGUCUUCUUCUGUUGAAUGUUAACCCCAUCAUGCAGACUGUUAGGGCGAAUGUGCCCAAUGUCAUCGAAGUCAAUCAGAUGCAUAUCAGGGAAAAGAAACCUCUUCCCAAGGAUCUCCAGGAGUAUUUGGAUUCCUCUUCAGAAGGGGUGGUGUACUUCAGUCUCGGUUCCAAUGUGAAGAGCGCAAAUCUGACUUCGAGAAUGAGAGAUGUGAUCAUGGGAGCCUUUUCUGAAGUACCGUACAACAUUUUGUGGAAAUUCGAAACUGACGAUUUGUCGGGGCGACCAGACAACGUUUUGACAAGGAAAUGGUUGCCUCAACAGGAUGUUCUAGGUCACCCAAACAUAAAAGCGUUCAUCACCCAAGGAGGAGCACAAUCUAUCGAAGAAGCAAUUUACAACGAAGUACCAAUGAUUGGAAUACCCUUCAUAACUGAUCAACCUACUAAUGUGAGGAGAGUUGUCGAUCUAGGAAUGGGUCUUGGUCUGGACUACCGAACUAUGACGAAAGGGCAACUGAAGAACGCCAUUCAGGAGGUGAUUGAAAACAAAAAGUACAAGAAGCGAGUUCAAGAAUCAAAAGCAAUACUCGUUGACCAACCAAUAAAAGGGGUUGAAAAAGCAGUGUGGUGGAUAGAAUAUGUAAUAAGACACAAAGGAGCUAGAAUCCUUCGAAGUCCUUCUGCUGAUAUGCCUUUCGCUGAGUACUUUAUGCUGGAUGUUAUUGGUUUUAUCCUAUUGUGUAUUUGCUUGUCAUUCUAUGCCGUAGAAAAAGUUUUCGCACUACUUAGAUAUAUAUUGUACUCUAGGCGUACUAAAUUGAAAGAAAACUAACUUAUUUGGAUGAAAUCAUUUGUGAUAUUUAUUUUUCUAAUAAAUUUAUUAUCAAAACACAUA